AUGUUUUUUUCUAAUAAGUUAGAAAUGUUUUGUGAUCUUUUAAAAACAAUCAAGAUUGCCCAGAGCCAACACAAGUCCAAGGACAUCUGCAUAGGAAAUAUGCUUUGGUUUUACAUUAACAAUCAAUACUUUAAAAGCGCGUCGGCAACAGCGCAACUUCCAAAUAUUGACAUGAAGCUUGAUAUCGAAUUAGAAUAUGAUCAUUUUGACAGCGAAUCUUAUGUUAAUAAUCUUAUUACUAUAGCGAGCCCCACUUCUGCUUGCUAUUUGGCAUAUUUUCCACUGUAGCCCUUACCGGGCUGUCCCAAAAUUAUUAAACGUCAAAAUAUUUAUCGAAAAGUGCCCCACAUUUAUUUUAAUUAAUUAAAUUAGCAUUUGAAAAUAUCAUGAACCCAGGUGCUUGGUAGCAUGGAAGGGCUGUUAAAAGUCAGUUCAUAACGAUGCCUGAAUUAUAAGUAUGAAGCUGAGUUAGAGCAAUGUGAAAACGAUGUAUCUCAAAUCUUUCCGGAACAAAAAAAAGGGCUUGAUAAUAACUACCCUAAACUACUCAGUGAGUACGAAAUAGUUUUGUCAGAAAUUACAAAUAUCGAGCACCGAAAGACUCUAAAUGCUUAUUUAGACUACAUAGAAAAAAGAUCUAAAUCUGACAACAUUGUCGAAAAGCCUUCAACGCCGCCAGUGCACGACGAUGAAUUUUCCUGUGAAAUUUGUGGGGACGGAGAUUAUGAAGAUGACGAUUUGAUCGUAAUUUGUUCUGGCUGCAACACAGGAGUUCAUAUGAAAUGCUAUGGAAUUCUUGUAGUUCCAGACACUGACUGAUACUGCAUUGCUUGCCAAAAACAGUCAGAAAAGAGAAAUGAAAUCCGAUGUGCGUUGUGUCCAAAUAAAGGAGGGGCAAUAAAGCCAACUGUUCUUUUUACCUCUCUUCAUUCUGAUUAUCCUAAUUAUCCAUGGACAGGAGAACCUGAACAAAUUUGGGCUCAUGUAUUCUGUGUUAUGCAUUUAGAUUUUUCUUGCUUCCAAGAUCAAGAAUUGAUGUCAGAAAUUGAUAUUUCGAAAAUCAACAAGGACCGAUUUCAGCUCAAAUGCCAAAAAUGCAACACAAAAAACGGAGCCUGUGUACAGUGUCAUCAUGGGAGGUGUACAGUGGGAUUCCAUCCAUUAUGUGCUAAAAAUAAUUUUCUUACUGUAGAAUAUGCCAAAAAUUUUAUUUUUAUUAAGUUUAUGCUUACUCCCCGCUCCAUGAGUGAACAGAAAAAUUUUGUUCGCUCACGGAGGUUUGUUUUUAAAAAAUUUAGAUAUAAACUUUAUAGUAUAUCAACAAAAAAAAAAAUUUUAAAAUUAAUUUAAUUUAUAAAAUUUUAUAUUUUGAAAUGCAAGCUGUUUGAAAUUAAACAGAAUUAACUAGAGAUUUCACUAUACUACUUAUCACUUGCAUAUCAAAUAAAUUUUUUCAUAAAAAUUUUUUGUUCGCUCAUAAAGGGUAAGUUUUUGGGCAAAGAAUAGUAUUUUUCCACUGGUUUUGUUCGCUCAUGGAAGGGGAGUUAGAAUAUUCAAAAUUUAAAAUUUCUAUUAAAUAAGGCAAGAGUUAGCACCAGGGAUAAAACAGGAUUUGAUGAUAUGAAUUGUUAUUGCUCAAAACAUCGGCCACUUAGGCUGAGAAAGCAAAUUGAAAGCCUUGAGAAAAAGGCUGUCGAAGAUAUAUUGUAUUUAGGAAGGGCUCUUCAGAAAUUUGAAGCUAGAAAAGUCAAAAAGAAUCAGCUAGCCUGUCAAACUCCACCCCAAGUUAAACGAAAGAGAAGUGGAGAAUUUUCUUACGAAGAAAAGCUAGAGCUGCUAAAAAUCGUUGAAGCAAGGCUUGCAAAAGAAGAAAAGCCUGGCUUUAAAUUUGCCUUCACCAAAGCAAGCUCUCAGAAAAAGUUGCGAGGAGGCGUGCAAGUGUCCAAACCUUUGCUUACUUACUUACUUACUUACUUACUUACUUACUUACUUACUUAGGUAUUUAAGGUGUUUUGAUUUCUUCAGCAGGAUGAUUUAGGCAUGCUUAAGCCCAUCCUUUUAACUCCCACCGGUGACGUCACCAAGCAAUCUUGGACCGGCUAGCCCGACCAAGCCAUUCUAUAAAGUGCCAUCCCCAACGGGCCAGAAAUCCCGCACCGGCAGCGUUGCCUCGCCCGAACUUGACUCCUGUGUGUGUUCCGCCUAAGGGUCACCCUCCUCGGGUGUGUCAAGCAGCAAACCAGGUGUUCUUCUUAGUAUCUUGGGCCAAAGAAAUAUAGAGGCUGCCUUUGAGUAGCGCUCUAAGCGCCCGAGACUUCCCGACGAAGUCUGGGCGGUGGUUUGACCAGCUGAUGUUGGUCAAACCAACAUCCAAAAUGACAAAUUCUUCUCCUACAGAAGGUUUGUCAAAUUGGAUGCUGGUUUGACCAACAUCAGCUGGUCAAACCACCGCCCAGACUUCGUCGGGAAGUCUCGGGCGCUUAGAGCGCUACUCAAAGGCAGCCUCUAUACCCUAUGCGGUAUUCCAUAUUGGUAUUGCUGAUAAAAGGCCACGUGGAAAACUGAACCCCAUAAUAAUAAAAGCGAAGGAUUCCGCACUGAGCCAUUUUAUUAUUAUGUCCAAAAAACUUUUGCAAUACACAGUUUUGCAUCCUCAAAUGAUUUUGCUAGAAAAAAUUGCUUUACAAGGGAGAAAAUACCAAGAUUGCUAUAAAUUUUACAAUGAAUCAAUAUUCCCAGUAAUUAAAAAGGAAAUUCAAAUUUUAGGAAAGCCUUUAGUAGUUUAUGAGCCAACAUUAAGAGAAAAAGCUAAGCUGAAAAAGUAUAUUAAGCCUAUAGGAGGAGCCAAAAGAGGAAGGAAGCCGAAGCAGCCUGUUCUUGAAGAUCUCGUAAGUCAAGAGCUUCAUUGCUUGUGCAGAAAGCCAUUUGUUGAAGCCACGCCAAAGAGAAAUGAUGAGACAGAUGAGGAUUAUGAACAAAGGAUUAGGGAUAGUGAAAUGAUUGCUUGCGAUGAAUGUGGAAAAUGAUUCCACAGCGAAUGUAUAGGAUUAAAGAGGUACGAAGUUCCGGAAACAUUCUUUUGUGUAGAAUGUUCCCCGAAGCGAGCGAAAAUUGAAUGUAGUUAG